AUGUUCAAUACUUCGGGCGUCGAUCCCACUUCCAAUAAGAGAGAGGAUGUUUCCGAAGUUAUCAAUGGCACUCUGGAGCUUUUCUAUAACGUCCUGGUCACAGCUGGUCCAACAGCCAUGUGGAACGAUACGUGCGGGGAGACACUACUUGAUUUCGGCAGUGGAGAGAAGAUAAUAAUCGGAGUGAUGUUGGCUAUCAUCACAGCGGUCACUGUGAUGGGAAACACAUUGGUUGUCAUAGCUGUUUGCGUGGUGAAAAAAUUAAGACAACCGUCAAACUAUCUUCUUGUGUCCCUGGCUGUGGCAGACCUCUCCGUGGCCAUAGUUGUCAUGCCCUUUGUUAUAGUGACAGACCUAACUGGGGGCAAGUGGCUUUUUGGGGAGGUGUUUUGCAACAUCUUCAUUGGUAUGGAUGUAAUGUGCUGCACAGCCUCCAUCAUGACCCUGUGCGUGAUCAGUGUUGACAGGUAUCUGGGGAUCACCCGCCCCCUCACAUACCCAGCCAGGCAGAACGGCCAGCUGAUGGCCAAGAUGAUCCUGGGGGUGUGGCUGGUGUCCGCCUCCAUCACCCUGCCACCCUUCUGCGGCUGGGCCAAGAACGUCCACGCGGGCGGCGUGUGCCUCAUCAGCCAGGACUUUGGUUACACCAUCUACUCCACGGCUGUGGCCUUCUACAUCCCUAUGCUCGUCAUGCUCUUCAUGUACUACAAGAUUUUCAGGGCCGCCCGCAAGAGCGGCCUCAAGCACCGCUUCACCGACUUCACCCGGCGCGAGCGGCUGGAGACGGUGGCAAGCGAGGCACUGAGGAUGCAGGGCCUGAAGCCGCAGGGCGUGGCCGAGGAGUGUGCGGUGCUGUCCCGUCUGCUGACCCGCGAGCGCCGCAACAUCUCCAUCUUCAAGAGGGAGCAGAAGGCUGCCACCACACUGGGGGUGAUCGUGGGCGUGUUCUCCAUCUGCUGGCUGCCCUUCUUCAUCCUGUCCACGGCCAGGCCCUUCAUCUGCGGAGUGGAGUGCAGCUGUGUGCCCAUCUGGCUGGAGAGGUUCCUCCUCUGGCUGGGCUACGCCAACUCCCUCAUGAACCCCUUCAUCUACGCCUUCUUUAACCGGGACCUGCGCUCCACCUACAAGGAUCUGCUGCGAUGCCGCUACCGCAACAUCAACCGACGCCUGUCCGCCGUAGGUGUGCACGAGGCCCUUAAGGUGUAG